AUGGAUAACCAGCAGGACCAGCAUCCGCCAUCACAGAAUAAAGAAUUUUCGCGCCCACCACAAAGUGACACUGAGGCACACAACACACAGCAACGAGGCAGUAAAGCUCAUGGAAACACAUCAAAGCCACACAAAUGUGAGUUUUGUGAAUAUUCCGCUCAAUAUAAGUUCCUUUUAAAUCGACACAUGUUGAAACACACUGGCGAGAAGCCACACGGAUGCACCCUUUGCCCGAAACGUUUCACAAAUAAUCGAAGUCUCCGUGCUCAUAUGAAAGUUCACGUCGAAGAGUUUUUGUUCCAUUGCUUGGGCUGCUUGCAAGGAUUCGAUGGAAAGGAAGAGAAGACAGAACACGAAGCCAAUUGCAAAGUUGUCCGCUAUGAAUGUUAUUUGUGCAAGAAUUCGUUUGGUUCAUUCAAGACACAGAUGGUGAAACACAUGCGCGUACACAGUGGUGACAAACUGUUCGAAUGUAAAGAAUGUUUCAAGCAAUUUUCAGAGAAAGGCAGUCUAAGCAAACACAUGAAGCUUCAUGCCGGUCCACGUCCAUUCCGCUGUUCAAAAUGUCACGAAAGAUUCUCAGAUCAAGACGAAAGAGAUUCACAUGAGGAGGUUUGA